AAAAAAGUUCAGUUUUUAUUUUUAUUUGCGGUUUUUUUUUUCUUUAGGUCGACUCUUUUUGUUCCUCACGAUGGUGACAAAGUCAACCUUGUGCGUUGCAACAGCGGGCGUCGUCGCAUUGGCCGCGGCCGUGAUGGCAGACUUGUCAGCCUCAGCAUCAUCCGAGUCGGAUGGCCUGCCACAGCAAGCACAUCACCAUUUCGUCCAGGAACGACAGGGAUUCUUGGUGUCGACGGCAUCGGCCAUCUUUGCCAGCGUUGCGCCCAGCAUUCGCAACAUUACAGAGGCCAUUCCGCACGCAAUCGAGUCUGGCGAGGCGAUGCAUUUUGCUCGUGAAAACUGGCUCUACCUGAUUCUGACGGUGGUGGGCGGAAUUGCCGCCAUCGUCUUUGCCUUCCGCGCUCUGUUUGUGCCGUUUGUGCUGAUCCGCCGCAUGGAGGAGAUUGGCUACAUCCAGGAAAAGCGCCGCAGCAACGAAAAGCUUGCCAUGGACACCAAGCUGCGCCGCAAGCGUGGCAACCUCCCUCCUCCGUUUCCCAACGGCUGGUAUCGCCUGUGCGACUCGCGCGAUCUGAAAGUCAAGGACGUCAAGAACAUUGACGCGCUCGGCCAGCACUUUGUUGUCUUCCGCGGCGAGGACAAGCGCGUCAGCGUGCUCGACGCGUACUGCCCGCACUUGGGCGCCAACCUCGGCAUCGGCGGCAAGGUCAAGGGCAACGAAAUCGAGUGCCCCUUCCAUGGCUGGACGUUCAACCACGAUGGCAAGUGCACCAACAUCCCGUACGCCACCAAGGUCCCCGAAUUUGCCAAGACGCGCAAGUGGACGUCGCUCGAGACCAACUCGCACGUGCUCGUGUGGUUUGACGCUGAAAACCGCGAGCCGGCCUGGUUCCCCCCGUCGCUCGAGGAGGUCAACAGCGGCUCCUGGACCUUCCGCGGCUACACUGAACACAACAUUAACGCUCACAUCCAGGAAGUGCCCGAGAAUGGCGCCGACAUUGCCCACCUCAAGCAUGUGCACUCGCCCCUCAUGGCCUCCGGCACCGACCUGCGCGCAACCCGCACCGAAGGUGGCCCGCGCUUCCAAGCGAUCGGCGAGCACGUGUGGGAUGCCAGCUGGACUCCCGGCGAAGGCAUUGACAAGCACAUUGGCUUCUUGGAGCUGGUGCACCAGAUGACCAUCUUUGGCAUUAUCUUCUCCCCGCUUAACUUUUACGUCUCGGCGCAGCAGAUCGGCCCCGCGCUUGUCUAUCUCAAGUGGCGCUCGCUUUUCGGCCAGGGUGUCUUUAUUCAGAGCGUGACUCCCGUUGCUCCCAUGGAGCAGCUCGUCGUGCACACCGUCUACGCAGAGUGGAAGGUCCCCACCUGGUUUGCCAAGUUUGUCAUGCUCAGCGAGGCGCUGCAAGUGGAGCGCGACAUUAUGAUUUGGAACAACAAGUGCUUUGUUGACAAGCCGCUUCUUAUUCCCGAGGACUCCCUCAUCGGAAAGUGGCGACGAUGGUAUUCCCAGUUCUACUCCGAGUCGAGCCGGGAUGUUAUUGAGCCCACAUCGUUGGAUUGGUAAACACUACCAACGUCGGAGGAGGGGGCUUUUGGUUUCCUUCUGGUAGUCGGUUUUUGCGUACAGCGGUUUUUUUGUUGUGUGUGUAUCGUUUUCGUAUUGUAUGAAUAUUCCUUUUGGUUUUUACUUUUUCAUUUUCCGCAAGGUUUCACCUACAGUCAAAAUCGAACAAGUUGAA